AUGGCCCACCUGGUUAUCGUUGUCGGUGCCACUGGAACCCAAGGGGGCUCCGUGGUCAACAGCCUCCUCCAGGACUCCACCUACCGUGUCCGCGCCAUCACCCGCAACCCCGAUAGUGAUGCCGGCAAGGCCUUGAAGGCCAAGGGCGCCGAAGUAGUCGGCGCCAAUCUCAACGACGAAGAGAGUCUGGUCAAUGCCUUCGCAGGUGCCUAUGCCAUCUUUGCGGUGACCAAUUUCUUCGAACCGGCCAUGAGUGUCGGUAUCGACCAGGCGAGAAAGAUCGAAUAUCAACAGGCCGUGAACAUGGUCAAGGCAGCCAAGAAAACACCUACCCUGCAGCAUUAUCUCUGGAGUACCCUGCCUAACAGCAAUGCCCUGUCCAAGGGCAGGUUCAACGUUCAUUUCUUCGAUGUCAAGUCCUCCGUCGACGAUUAUAUUCGCCAGGAUAAAGAGUUCCUAGCCAAGACCACCUUCCUGUACUUGACGUUCUUCUCGAAGAAUAUGUUCUAUCCGGUGUAUAUCCCGAUGUACCUGAAACCCGCCAAUAAAUACGUGCAGCUGCUUCCUUUGGACAGCACCACACCCGUGCAGUCCAUCGGCGACGCCGGCGUCAACACGGGCAUCUUCGUCCGCUCCGUUUUGAAGAACAAGCCCGCCGGCGGCACCUACGUGCUCUGCGUUGUUGAGAGCUUCACCUUCCAGUCGUACCUGGACCUGUGGGGCGAAGCUACCGGUUUUGCAAAGGAGAAGGGCUCGGCCACUGUGGUAACCAUCUCUUAUGACGAUUACCGCUCGCUAUGGCCUGGAUUUGGCGACUUGAUGGGUGAGAUGAAUGCGUUUUGGUCCUCCGCCCGCGAUCGCAGCUGGGAAACUCCGCUGGGAACCAUGCCCGUCGAUGCACGAGACAUCAUGUCUGCUGAGGAUAAGGAGGCGCUGCAGUCGACUGCGACGUCCUUCCAGUUGGAUGUGGCCGAGUAUAAAAAAGCUAUUCACUAG